AUUCAUCAACCACUCGUGUCUUUGAAACUACUGUUGUUUUCAACUUUUCAAUAUCCCAAAACCAUUUUCCAAUUCCAUUCCCACCAUGAAAAUGUAAUGAACCUUCUUAGUUCAACUGGUAGUAGUAUAUUGAGAAUUCAACGACAGCCGUAGAGUUUCUAGUCCACGAGUUUACCGUAUUUGGUACUCCCUUUGAGCUUUCAAAUAAGUAUUUCUUUGUUUUCUUUUUCUCCCAAUUUUUCUACAUCAGACUUCUUGAACUCCAUGGGUAUAUAAGGAGAGGAGGGAGACUGGUCAUAAUCAUAGAAAUCUUCCUGUGUUAAAUAAUUUGGUGAAAAGUGAAGAUAUUUUCUCCCUUUACUACCUAACACUUCUUGAAGAACAGAGCAAACUAUCUCCCCAAAGCUUCGAUCUUUCCAAAAUUUAGGUGGAUAUUUGUUAUGGGUUUAUCACUAUCAUUACUUUUUUCCGCCUGGGAAGAAAUUCUGAACCACCGUAGAUUUCUGAAUUUCGCAGACAACAAUACUUUCCAUUCAGUACACGGAGAGAUGACCGUCAGUGCAGAUAGCUUGAAGAAAGCAGAUUCAGAAGUUGCCUCCAAGACGGAUGUGUCGGAUGAAGUUUCAAGGAAGAAUUCAAUAGAUUUGAAGAACUGCGAACCUAUGAGAUUAAUGCUUGAAUCAACGCUUUCAUUCAAGAAUCUAAUUCAAGACGUAAGAAAACCAGAGUCCAAUGACAGAAAUGCAAAAGCUGAUGGGGCUGUUGAUGUAUUAACUCCCUCCAGUUUUCUUCCUGAUCUUGCUAUGCUGUACUCUCCACGUCCUGUGAGCGAGCUUGAUGCUGCAGCAGUCAAGCUUCAGAAAGUCUACAAGAGCUACCGGACUCGAAGACACCUUGCAGAUUGUGCAGUUGUGGUUGAGGAGCUAUGGUGGAAGGCAUUGGACUUUGCAGCUCUCAAGCGGAGCUCGGUAUCAUUCUUCAAUGAUGACAAACCAGAAACUGCUGUUUCACGCUGGGCUCGAGCAAAAACAAGAGUAGCCAAGGUUGGCAAAGGCCUAUCCAAGGACGAGAAGGCUCAAAAGCUUGCCCUACAGCACUGGCUUGAGGCUAUUGAUCCACGCCAUCGGUAUGGACACAAUUUACACAUCUAUUAUGAUGUCUGGUUUGAAAGUGAAAGCUCGCAACCUUUUUUUUACUGGUUGGAUGUUGGAGAUGGAAAAGAACUAAAUCUUGAGAAGUGCUCGAGAACAAAUCUACAACAUCAAUGCAUCAAAUAUCUAGGACCAAAAGAGAGAGAAUCAUUUGAAGUUAUCGUGGAAAAUGGCAUGCUAGUUUACAGAGAAAGUGGCAUGUUUGUCGACACUGUUGAGGGUUCCAAAUGGAUAUUUGUACUCAGCACAUCAAGGAAUUUGUAUGUUGGGCAGAAGAAGAAAGGGACUUUCCAGCAUUCAAGUUUUUUAGCAGGUGGAGCUAUUACAGCAGCCGGAAGACUUGUUGCUCAUGGUGGAGCCCUUGAGGCAAUUUGGCCAUAUAGUGGUCAUUAUCAUCCAACCGAAGAGAACUUCAGGGUGUUCAUUAGCUUCUUGGAGGAGAACCGUGUAGAUCUUUCAAAUGUUAAGAGAUGUGCAGUAGAUGAUGAUCUUCUUUCGUUUAAGGUUCCUGAUGAGGAAGCAAACGCUGAAUGCAAUAGGAGCGCUUCAGCAACUACAGAGCCAGAAGAUGGAAGCACAACUGAUGUACAUGGUCUGUCUGGGAAAGAUGCAACAGCAGCCAGUCGCCAAAAUGCCAAGAACACAGCUCAUCUGACUGUAAAGCCUCCCCUAUAUACCAUGGCUAAACACUUGUCAUGCAAGUGGAGUACUGGAACUGGACCACGAAUUAGCUGUGUUAGGGACUAUCCAACAGAAUUACAGAGCCGAGCACUUGAACAAGUUAAUUUGUCGCCUCGUUUGGCUAGUGGAGCAUUGUUCAACUAUGGUCCAAUCCCAUCCCCAAGACCGAGCCCAAAGGUUCGCCUUUCUCCUAGACUUGCAUACAUGGGACUUCCAAGUCCUAGAACCGCCAUUCCAGCUGCUCACUGAGAUUAAAUGGGAGCGCAAGCUUUUUCCCUGAGAUACGAAUAAGCUGAGCCUAAGCAGAUGUACAGGAUAUGGGCUGAAUGCCAAUAAUGCUCCUGAUAUGAUCUUCGACCCCUUGUGAUAAGAACGAGGAAACUAACUUGAACCUUCGUUCUUUUGUUCUUUUAAUCUAGUUUUGGUAGGAAACUUAGUUGAGCCAAGUAUUGUUUUACCCAGUUUUGGCUCCUUCAGUUUGAACGUAGGUUUGAUUGAUUCUUUCAAUCUUUGUGUACGCCUGAUCAGUUUAUAUUGUUCAAUUCAUUCUAAUUUAUUCA